AUGGAAGCUCUGGUUUAUGAGAAUUCGCCCCUGGCUGAAUAUCUACGAGGAGAAGGUGAACACGACCCAGACUGGACCGUUAAAGAGCCUGAGAAUGGAGACGACUUGUCUGAUUCAACCACGGCCGACUUCGCGCCCCGAGGAGCGUCACGAUUCCAGACGCGUAUACGAAACAAACUUCCAAAACCCCUGAACCUCAAGGCCUCACGACAAACGGCCGCAUUGGGACGGUUAUACGAUGUCUGCGCUUCGGUCUUGAACGCGCGUCUUGGCCGGAAUGACAACGAGAGGUUCCUGGAACAAUUUGGUUAUGUGAUUGUCGCCUCGCAGUUAUUGAACGAACAUAGUGCCCCCUCCUACACAUCCGCCAAUGACGUUCUGUCCAAUACGGCUCCAACAGACCUCCCUACAAUUUCUACGACGUUUGGCCUACAAGGUGCGUUCGUGACGGCCUCGACCUCAUUCUCGAUUGCUUGGUUAUUACACUGGAGCCGACCUCGGACGGGAACGAGCAUCAAUCCUCGAAAAGUCGGCGUUUUAUUAGUGCUAGUCCCGGUGCUGGGGAUGUUGUUUUAUGCCUUUGCCAAACGCCAAUGGCUCAAGUACUUGCGACAUCAAGCUGUCGAUGCAGCUGUCCAUUUAAUUGGGAAUGCCCAGGCAUUUGAUUCCGCGGCGUCCGCAUCAGUAGUGUUCAUACAAGAGGUUGAAUUGGUGUCGAGAGGCUACCGCAUAAGUACACCACUGCCACCGAUAAGUAGACUUGAAGACCAGACUCAGGUCCGGCGGUGUCUGAGACUUCGUCGCACUGUAUCCGAAUGCUUCUAUUCCAUGCUAGGCCACUAUAUCCAGGCGCAGCAUACACUGGAACCAUUAACAGACAGCUCCAACCUCGCCAAAUAUUACGAUAUUUAUGACAUUUCACCAGAAGAACUGGCGGAGGUUGAAACCGCGUUUGCUGAUCGAGAAACAGAAGACCAGUUUUCCUUGAGAGGCCUUCGAACGCUUUUUGGGCGGCUAUAUCUCGUCAGAAAGAGCAUCCUUUGCUCUCUUUUGGCUCUCGGAGCAGACGGAGGCGGUUCCGAUAUUACGAGAUGGAGCACCGCGGUUGACCAGAUGCGAAAUCUGACAACAAUAACUGGCGACAGCAUGCAAAGGAUGACUCGUAUUCUCAACGAAGAAGAUAGUACGGCCGAUGCUAUUCCAGCAUCGCCACGCCCAACGGCUUCUCCAGGCAAAGAACGCCUUCGUUCCCAGUUUCGGAAACUGAACUCGCUUUCGCAGGGGAUUCGUGCCCUUCACGCAAAGAUGCACAUUUUCAAGGAAGCAUCUACAAGCGAUUUAGAUCGUACUGACACCAGUGAGCUAGAAGCGUCACUCUUGGCUCAGUAUGAAUCCAUCGGAACCGAUAUCAAGGGCUUACUACAGGAAUGGGAAGCCGGCAAGGCUAGUCUCACGAGUCUGGACAAGGAGUCCAAUGCAUCUCGCUCACGGCCGCCCAGUGGACUUUUCCCCUUAUCACCUACACCCAGCCUGGGAGGCACUACUGCGGUAGAAGGUAGUCCAUCCGAGGCUCUGAAAGCCUUGACUGGCGAGAGCCGGCCAGUUUCGGGUAUAAACUACAAUAUUGACGACGCCGAAGAGAUCUUUGAGGCUGUCGCCCUUCCAGCGCGAAAGAACAAGCGGCAGUCCCUGACGCGAGAAGAGCGCAUUGCGCGGGUGAAAGAAGACCGAGCUAAACAGGCUGCUGCGAGGGAUCGGACAGACGCCAAUACUCACAUGUUGAAAGAGCUCGAAAUGGUGAUCAAGCAGCGGCCUCGAACCGUACAAUCAAAACGGGUUACAAGUCUCUGA